CUAAAAGUUACGCGUUUCUCAUGAAUUCACUUAAUUUGGUCAAAUUAUUCAUUUGUUCAACCUCUAAUUAUUCGACAUUUUAUGUAAAUUAUCUUUUGCAAGAUUCAAAUUGAGGUAGGGUUUUUGGGAAUUGGUGAUUGAACUAUGGGAUUGGGUGAUGCGGAUCUUCUGGAUGAUGGUGAUAGGGGUGGGGGCAAGGCGGAAUCGGCGGUUGUUUCGUGCUCAAUUUGCUCAGAGGGGGUGACUGAUAAUGUGGCUAGAUCCUGGGCUAAGCUUAAAUGCGGCCAUCAAUUUCAUCUUGAUUGCAUAGGUUCGGCAUUUAACAUGAAGGGAGCAAUGCAGUGUCCCAACUGUCAAAAAAUUGAGGAAGGUCAAUGGCUUUAUGCCAAAGGUAGUCGUCCAUCGCCUGAAUAUAGCAUGGAUGACUGGGCCCAUGAUGAGGAUCUAUAUGAUCUAAGCUAUUAUGAAACGUCAUUUGGAGUUCAUUGGUGUCCAUUCGCGGGAUUAACUCGGCUUCCUUCAACGUUUGAUGAAGGAGAAUUUUCAUCAAGUGCAUAUCAUGAUCUAGGACAACAUGCUAUCUCUGCCGAACAUACAGCUGUAUCAUCUAUGGCUCAUCCGUGCCCUUAUAUUGCAUACUUUGGACCAAUUCAUCCAUCUUCAACCUCUAGUGGAACUAUAUCGGAUGGAUCUAAUUUUAAUAAUCAGUGGAGUGCCCAUUCAGUUCCAGGUGAGAUACCCAGUUCUUAUGCUUUCCCCACCAUGGAUGUAAAUUAUCACAGUUGGGAGCACCACACCUCUCCUUUUGCUACAAGCAGCCGCAUUGCUGGUGCAGAUCAAUCCUUGAUGCCAUCUGUGACUCAGAGAACAGCUAGGACAAGUUCUGAUAUCCCAAGACCUGGAUCCGUCAUGCACCCAUUAUUUGUUGGUCACAGUUCCGGUACUAGAACGCCCAGUUCUAACUCAUCAAUGGUUCCUCAUUACCCCGGUAGUGUGGCUCGGGCACGUGACAGGGUUCAGGCUCUUCAUGGAUCUUUUCAGCAACCCAGUAGUAGCCCAGCUGCAAGCACACCUCCUAUACCUACCUCUCGAAGAUCCAACAGCCAUAGGGGUUUGCCACAGGUUGCUCCUGUAGCUUCACCAUCGGAUCAAUCCGGCUGCUUUUACUAUUUCUCGUCAGGAUCAUCUGGAAGAACUGUACAAGAAACGGAAAAUCAUGUUCCUAAUCGCUUUCAUUCUUGGAAUCGAGAACACUUUCCUUCCUUCUCAUUAAACCAGGUUGACAGAGAUCCCGUUUGGGGGCCAUUCCAUCCUGCCGGCAGUGGAUCUGAUACUGGAUACAGAUCUGGGAGUUUCCACCAGAGACAUGGAUCUGAGAGAAUGCCAUCUCAAAAUCGGUCAUAGACAAUUUUCUUCUUGUGAUGAAAACUGUGAGUACUAUGACUGAAACCCGGGUUCUAUAUGUUUGAGAAAUGAUCUGUAAUGUUGAAGUUGCUAAGAACACCAGGCCUGAAACUAUUGUGUGGCCUUGAAAUUAAGGCUUUUUACUGCCACAAAGGUUGUGUGAUGGACUCUGGCUUCUCUCUUGUUUCUCUGACCUGGGGAUAAUAAUAUUCAUGUUUAUAGCAAGAGCUGAUGUUUGAACUAAUUUAUCUUCACCUGAUCCAACUGGGGAUUGUGAUAUUUGUAUGUUGAAUUUC